UAGAUCAUGUCUCCAAUAAUGAAACGUAUUUCAUUAAUUGUAAAAUGUUCAACAAGCAAGCAAUCAUGUUUCAAAAUAUGGAAGACUGUACCGCACAAAUGACAAACCUCGAUGAACUUCUACAUCCUAUGACCAUCUUUCACGUUGUGGAAUUUUUUAAAGAAAAUCCAGUGACAGUGGCUGUGGUGGCCAAGUCAUGGAUUGUUAAAACUACUAAGGGACAUCUUUGCUAUUGGCCUCGCUCAGGGGCAUCAAAAAAGGCCAAAAAGGGAAUUAUCCCUGACAAGGACAGGUGGGAAAAGCACCACGUCAAGCUUGUGCCACACUCCACAACCAAUGAUUAUGACAAGGCCUUGCGUUGGGUCAAGAGGGCGGAGACCCAACAAAAUGUACUGAGUGGAGCGGAGGCUCAGAGCCAGAGCAGGCCCCAUGUUGUGCCUGCUCGAUUUAGAGAGGACAACUCUGAUAGCAGCAUAACAGACAUUGAGGAAGAACCCCAGGCUGGUCCGAGUCACCACGCUGCUACCACCACUCUACUGACUCCACUGCCCAACUGUCCUCUCUAUGAAGCUGACAAGCGAUCGGCAUCACAUGCCCCCAGUGGGACAUCACCCACCAUUUCAACAUUCCAGACAAGAGUACUGGCAAAAUUGGAGCACAUGGACGAGGUGCAGCAGGAACUCAAAAGGCUGGUGUGUUCAGCUGUCCCUGCCCAAAACACAGAAGUAGAGCCAUUGCCCAGACCCAGCAGCAAUCAAGCUGAGCUUAAUGCCCUCUGCGACCGUGUCAGAGGAGAGGAGCACUUCAGAAAACAGCUGAUAUCCUUCCUGUCCCUAGACGGCUCCAAUACCAUGGGCAAGACAGUGAGGCGUAUGAUGAGCCGUCUUGGGACCACAGAGCUGUGGUCAGGUUACAGCAUGAGGGGAAGAAAUAAAACAUGCUUUGUCGACCUGCCAGUUAUGCAGGUAGUAGUAAAGGCCAACAUCACAUGCCAUAAAAACGCAAAAAUUGCAGAUGUGGAGAGAGAGGUGGCCGAAUUCCUGAAACACGCCCCUUUCAAAAAGGGUGGCUCAGGCAAGAGAGGAACUUCAGCAGGCCAAGCAUUGGCUGACCUGGAGCGGCACCACGGAAGCCCGACAUCAAGCCCAAGCCCAUCACAGUCGCUGAUGCUAUUUUAA